AAUUUGAUUGAUUUUGGUAAAUCACACAUACAUGUUCCGCCGGUUAAAUUAAAGAGAAAAAAGAAAAGAAAAGAAAAUUGUGGUUCACUUUACGGGCACGGCCAUUGCCUCUGUACCGCUGUGCUGGUUGCUUCAUCUUGUUGAGGGCCUAAGUGUCUUUGAUUUGAAAUUCUGCAGCAGCUCUGAGGAGAAUGGUAGAAACCAUGUCUAGCUUCUGGGGUCCAGUAACAUCUACCAAAGAGUGCUGUGAACAAAAUUAUGCACAUUCUACAUACAUUGCAGAACUUUAUAACACUAUUUCCAACAUUCCCGCAAUUGUUUUGGCUCUCAUUGGUCUUAUAAAUGCUUUAAGACAGCGAUUUGAGAAAAGGUUCAGUGUCCUUCAUCUUUCAAACAUGGCGCUUGCUAUUGGGAGUAUGUUGUAUCAUGCUACACUGCAACGUGUGCAACAGCAAGGGGACGAAACUCCUAUGGUAUGGGAGGUGCUGCUGUACAUGUACAUCCUCUACUCUCCAGAUUGGCAUUAUCGCAGUACAAUGCCCAUCUUCCUAUUUUUGUAUGGUGCUGGUUUUGCAGUUGCCCAUUCAGCGUUCCGUUUUGAACUUGGCUUCAAAGUGCAUUAUGUCAUUCUGUGUCUGCUCUGUACUCCAAGAAUGUACAAGUAUUACAUUCACACCCAAGAUGUUUUAGCCAAGCGGCUAGCUAAGCUAUUUUUAGGCACUCUUAUAUUAGGCAGUUUGUUUGGGUUUUGUGAUCGUGUUUUCUGCAAGGAGAUAUCACGUUCACCUAUUAACCCUCAGGGUCAUGCUUUGUGGCAUGUCUUCAUGGGUUUCAAUUCCUACUUUGCAAACACAUUUUUGAUGUUUUGCCGUGCUCAGCAGCGUGGGUGGUCUCCAAAAGUUGUUUAUUUAAUGGGUGUUCUACCUUAUGUGAAGAUUGAGAAACCAAAAAGCCAGUAACAAAUUUGGUAAAAGAAGGAAGCUUCUUUGUCAUGAUACAUUAUAGACAAGUUGUUGACAAUUAUUUAAUAGGUGUCUUUCCUUCUUUUUCACUUUAUGAUUUUGAUUGGCUUAGAAAUGAAUAUUUGCAUAUUUUGUUGUAGAAGUAGGACAUGUACCAUAUUUAUCUCAUUGGCACCUCUCGAACCUGAACCUUAUCUCAAAAUUGCAAGCAUGAACAAAAUUUUGCUUA